CCACCUUGGUCACAUGACAUGUGCCGGAGUUUUGUGGAUGAGCUCGAACCAGAACAUUUCCGCUUUUUUAUCUCUCUGUCCGUUUUUAGUUGUUUUUUUAAACUCAUCAUCUGUACUUUACUGAUAUUUAUCCGUCGGAAUAAAGAAGAAAGUUUCAGGAUUUAAAUCUAACAAACAUGAAGACAGGAAGCCGGCUUGCUGCACUGUCCUUACUCCUCUCCGCUGUGUUGUCUCUCUGUGUUUGUACUUUAAGCCCUGAUCAGAUUGACCCUCUGCUGUAUGACGAGCAGCUGCUGUGGGUGAGUGGAGCCCAGGGGCAGGUGAGCACCUAUAGGAUCCCGCUGCUCACCUUCACCUCUAAAGGAAGCCUGCUGGCUUUCUCAGAGGCCAGGAAGUCGACGGCCAGCGACGAGGGCGCAAAGUUCCUUGCAAUGCGGCGGUCCACAGACAAAGGAGCCACCUGGUCCCCGACCACCUUUAUAGUCGAUGAUGGAACAAAGCCGGAUGGCCUGAACCUGGGCUCGGUAGUGGUGGACGAGGAAGUGGGCUCGGUGAUUCUGGUCUACUCCAUCUGCUUCCACCUCUACCAGUGCCACCCGUCCAGCACCAUGAUGGUGGAGAGCAUGGACGACGGGCUCAGCUGGAGCCCGCCCAGAAACCUCUCGGUCCAGCUCGGAGUGAAAAACUUUGCUCCUGGGCCAGGGUUCGGCAUCCAGAAGCGCUACAACCCAGCUAAGGGGAGGUUGGUGGUGUGUGGUCAUGGGACAUUGGAGGGAGACGGAGUUUUCUGCAUCCUGAGUGAUGACCACGGACGUAACUGGUACAACGGCGCCGCGCUGAAAAGCAUCCCUUACAACCAGAAGAAGCGAGCACAGGACUUCAACCCUGACGAGUGCCAGCCGGUUGAGAUGAUGGACGGCAGCAUUGUCAUCAACGUUCGGAACCAGAACAACUACCACUGUCGGUGUCGCAUCGUGGUACGCAGCCGUGAUGGUGGAUUGUCCCUGCCCGUAGACGAUCUGUUCUUUGACUACGAGCUGGUGGAUCCUGUAGUAGCAGCUGGAGCUCUGCAGAAAGACGGAGUGCUUUACUUCACUAACCCCUCAAAUGAGCAACACAGAGUUAACCUGACCUUACGUUGGUCACUGACUGAUGGCAACUCUUGGGUGCAAGAAGCUAUGCAGAUAUGGGCUGGUCCAAGCGGCUACUCCAGCAUCACAUCGCUGAACAGCGGCUCUCCAGAGGACCGGAAGUACAUUUUUGUCAUCUAUGAGAAGGGCCACAAGGACUAUGACGAGACUGUCUCGUUUGCUAAGAUCCACCUGUUUGGUGGCCGGUAGAGCAUCUGAGAGGGAGGUAAGCAGACGAGCAUCAACAGAUUCAAAUGUUGGAAGGAAAGGGAAACAGGAAGCUGUUGUAUACUCCCACUACUUUCUCAAGAAGAAAAUAAGACUUUUUAUACUCACUUUAUGAUAUUGAAAAUGGGAGGCUCAGCACCAUGAAUGUCCAGCAGUUUUCGGCCUGUGAUGAUCUAAAAAUGUUCUCCUUAUUUUGUCUUCCUCUUUUCUUAAAUUCCCACACUUGAUGAAGUCACAAAUCUAUUGUCCAUUUUUAUGUGUUUGGAUAUUUUACCUUUUUUUUUGCUCAAAAAAUUUGCACAGCCACAAUAUUUUGUGAGUUUUCUUGUUCAUACUCAAAACAACAAAUGACCAAGCAAGGGACAGUUAAAUGUUGAAAAUUCAAUUUCAGACCAAAUACAGUAGUUUCCAGUCAUACUGUCAUGGAAAUAUCUGUUUUGAAGUUGAAUACUUAAUUUUUACAUAUUUUUACACAUUCUUCCAUAAAGUAGACAACUAAUGACUUUCAGUGGUUUCAAUAUGGUAUGCAAAAUCAUUUUUAACAUCUCUGGCAUCUAUCACUAAACUGUCAGAUAUCUUUGGUGAUGGUGUUAAAUGACUUCUAUUUGCUCAGAUAAUAUAAUGUCAUAAUGAAGUAGCCUACUUUUAAAUUUUUUUAAAGAUUAUUUUUUGGGCUUUUCCACCUUUAAUUUUUGA